AUGGUCUACUCACCCAGCUCCUACCUCAUCUGCGCCGCCGUGGCUGCUGUUGCUCUGCAGAUUCAGCAAGCAUCUGCUGGGUCGCUAUACUACGGGGCCUUCUCCGUGGACGCUGAGAACAAAAUCAGUAAAGACUUACCUCUUGUCGGUACCGAAAUUCCGGACCAGGACUGCCCCGUCGAGGUGGAGGUGGACCCGACGCUACCGGACAUCACCACCAUCCCGACGGUGCCAGUGACCUACCCAGACCUCUUGGCCAACCUGACGACGGCUCCGUCGGAGCCUGUCUUCUCAAAGGUGGGCUCGGUGAUCAUGUCAGAGGAGAUCCCGGCCACCGAUGCCGACCAGGACGCGUACAUCGACUCGACGCUUCCGUGGGUUGGCACUGGUACGCCAAGUAAAACGGGCGUAGAGAAGUCCGCCAAGGACUGCGCUACUGGCUGGGAGGAAACGACUGUCGACAAGCUGCAGGAGAAGCUCGAGAAGAAGCGUCGUUUGGAGGAAAACACGAACAGGGAUAUCGCAAAGCUUGAGGCUUACUUCGGCACCAAGAUGGAGAUGACAUUGAAGGACCUGCCUACCCAGGGUGUCCACACGCCGUCUCCAUGGGCUGGUCCUUACUGGCCGACCUACCAGGACAGCAUCAACGUUGUCUGGAGCCAGGGACAACCCAGCCCCGCUGAGAAGUACGCCAAGGCCUUUGGUCUGGACGUGAAGGAGUUUAUGGACAAGGUAUCCAAGGACAACGGAGUUGACUCGGGGAGCAAACGCAAACAGUGCCAGACGGAUGAGGGCUGCGAGUCCCUUAACAACGGCAGCAAGUGUGCUAUCCGUGACGGCAAGAGCUCGGGCUACUGUAUCCCGGCGUGGUUUGGUAUCUGUCACGCCUGGGCCCCUGCUGCUAUUCUCGAAGCAGAGCCUACUUGCCCGGUGACGUACAACGGUGUGACGUUCCAGCCUCUGGACAUCAAGGGAUUGAUCUCCAACGUCUACGAUGGCGCUGGCGUCGCAACUGUGUUCACUGGUGCGCGCUACAACGGCGGCGACGAUGGCGCCGAUGAGUACGGUCGCCACACCAACGCUGCCUACCGUGACCUGAACCCUGCCUACUUCCACAUUGCGUCUGCUAACAUUCUGGGUAAGCUGAACGCCACCUUUGUGGCUGACGUCGACGCCGCCGCAGAGGUGUGGAACCAGCCCGUGCGUGGGUUCAAGGUGUACGAGCAGACCGCCAUGUCGCUCGAGGAAGCUGCUCAGACCUUCUACGGCCUUGAGGAGUACCCGUGGAACGCCGCCGCCAAGAGCAUUGUGUACGUGAAGUCGCGUCUCUCGUGGAUCUUCGAGACGUACACAGACGGUGGCCUGGUGGCUUCGGGUGAGAUCAACCGCUACACGACCGGCAAGUACUACUACUACUUGCUUGAACUGGACGAUGCUGGAGAGAUCAUCGGUGGUGAGUGGGUCUACGACUCGGACAGCGACCACCCUGACUUCCUGUGGGUGCCGAAGGCGAAGCCUGCCGCUAACGCCGUGACCAGCAUCGGUCUGAGCUACGCGGACGUGAGUAUGCUGCUGGAGAAGUCGGUCGCCUGCUCCGACUCCACUUCCACUGCUGGGUCCGUGUCGAGUUCUGGCUCGGUGGGUGAGUCUACGGAAGCGCCUACGGAAGUGCCGACUACGGAAGUUCCGACGACGUCGACGAGCGCUUCCUCUCCAGGCAGUGGAGCGUUGUAA